AUGGAAAGGCGUCGGUCUGUGCUUUGUUUCCUAUUGGCUCUUGUGUGCAUUUGGGAAUUUAGUCGACCUCACGUCGAGGCUGCUCCUGUCUCAGGGCUUGUCAAUGCUAUUGCGCGAAAGGUCUUGCCAGCUGCCCUAAAAGAGGGAGGCGCGAUCGUAUGGAAGCAAAGACGAACUCUAGCCAACAUCACCACCGACUUUAGUGUGAGAGGAGGAGACAAAGGCCUAGAGACGAGUUUCUAUGUAGAUAACGGCCUCAACUUCGCCAUGAAUCUCAAUUUGGGAACUCCUCCUGUGCAGCACAACUUCACCAUGGCACUUAACUCGGAAUUCUUCUGGGCUGCGUGCUCUCCUUGCGUCGAUUGCAAUGUUUCCACAAACGAUCCCCUCUUUUCAUCGGCAUCAUCCACAUCUUACACUAGAAUUCCUUGCACCUCUCCUUUCUGCUCGACAUCCCCUGGUUUCUCCACAAACGCUUGCGGAUCUUCAGCAGUGGGUUCCACGACUUGCUUAUAUAAUUUUUCUUACAGCACCGAUUACUCCUCAGCUGGUGAGAUGGCUAGUGAUGUUGUAGCCAUGAAAACUCCACGCAAAACUAGAGGCAAUAAGAGCCUCAGAAUGUCACUUGGAUGUGGUCGAGAAAGCACGACAUUGCUGGGGAUUCUCAAUACAUCAGGCCUGGUGGGAUUUGCAAAGACAGACAAGUCAUUCAUUGGACAACUUGCUGAAAUGGACUAUACAAGCAAGUUUAUCUAUUGUGUUCCAUCUGAUACGUUUAGCGGCAAAAUCGUGCUCGGCAACUAUAAGAUCUCAUCGCACUCCUCUCUCUCUUACACUCCAAUGAUCGUAAAUUCCACUGCCUUGUAUUACAUCGGCUUGAGAUCCAUAAGUAUCACCGAUACGUUGACUUUUCCGGUGCAAGGCAUUCUUGCAGAUGGAACUGGAGGAACGAUCAUUGAUUCAACCUUUGCAUUCAGUUAUUUCACACCAGAUUCCUACACCCCUCUUGUGCAAGCCAUACAAAACCUCAAUUCCAACCUUACUAAAGUAUCGAGCAACGAAACUGCAGCACUGCUCGGCAAUGAUAUUUGCUAUAAUGUUUCUGUAAAUGAUGAUGAUGCUGAAAAUGCUACCGUGUGCUUGGCUGUUGGAGACUCAGAGAAGGUGGGGUUCUCACUGAAUGUUAUAGGAACCUACCAGCAGCUAGAUGUGGCAGUGGAGUUUGAUCUGGAAAAGCAGGAGAUUGGAUUUGGAACAGCAGGAUGCAAUGUCAGCAUGAACCUUGACACUUCUUCUGGUUUUACAUACGUCUUCGUGUGGAAAUCUUCUACAACUCAAGCCAAGAGAAAUCCAUCCAAGCCACAAGAAAAGAUGGAAAUUAAUUGUGUCGUUGACGCGCGCCCCCGAUUGCGAUUGCCUCCGGCAUUUGGAGUGCGGCUGGACGAUGGGGGAUGA